ACAACUACAUCCAGACCCCUUCCUAAAAAGAGAGAAGCAUCGCCACCACCACCAGAAGACCAAAUACCUGCCAAAAAGAAAAGAAAGAGUUCUGUAAAUAGUGAUCAUGGUAGUUACAUUAAGUCACCUACAACAGUUAUGAAAAAGUUAAAGAAAACCCUGAAAAAAAAGAAUAAUAAAAUAAGAUCACUCAGUGCAAAAAAUCUACGCAAAGAAAAAACAAUUAAGGGUCUUGUAAAAAAAUUAGAAGAAAUUAAGGCUCUGUCAGAAGAACAAAGCCAACAUCUCAUGUCAAAUUUUGGUCAUAUGACUAAAGAUAUAUUCACAAAUGAGCAGAAAAAUGAAGGUAACUCAACUGGGUCUAGAUACAGUGAACAAAUAAAACAAUUCGCUAUAUCUUUGCACUUUUACAGUGCAAAGGCGUACAAGUUUGUUCGCAAAUCCCUCCACUUACCACAUCCAUCUACCAUACGGUCAUGGGCUUCAUCAAUUGAAUGUGAACCUGGGUUUUUGAGUAACGUUAUCGAACAUCUUCAGAACACUCUGGAGGAUGAUAACAAAGAUUGCAUCAUAUUGGUUGACGAAAUGUCAAUAAAAAAAGAAGUUCUGUGGGAUGCUAAAAAGCAGAAAUUUGCUGGCAAUACUGACUAUGGGCCAAUCUUAGCAGAAGACCAGGAUACAAUUGCUCAUAAUGCACUGGUUGUUAUGGCAGUAGGCCUACAAAAACCAUGGAGUUAUCCUAUUGCUUACUUUUUAGUUAACCACAUGGACUCUAAAAUGCAAGCACAGAUCAUAAAAGAGUCUAUUAACCUACUCACCGAUGCAGGGCUUGAUGUGCAUGCUGUGACUUUUGAUGGCUGCUCAAAGAAUUUAGCCACAGCUAGACGUCUUGGAUGUAAGAUAGACAGCUUUGAUGGAUCCUUCCAACAUCCUACCCGACCAGGCAAAACUCUAUAUGUCAUUUUGGACAUAUGCCAUAUGUUAAAACUUGCUCGCAAUGCAUUAGGAGACAAGGAGAUCUUUUACACCUCGGGUGGAGAAACAAUCAGCUGGUAUUAUAUUAAGGAGCUAUUCAAUGUCCAACAAUCUGAUAUCUUGCACCUUGGAAACAAGUUGAAAAAUGUGCACAUUAAAUGGCACAAUCAAAAGAUGAAGGUGGCAGUUGCAGCCCAAACAUUAAGCAGUUCUGUAGCAGCUGGCAUGAUUUAUCUCCGCAACCUAAACGUAAAACAGUUUGAAAAGUGUGAGCAAACUGCUGAAUUUAUUCAAAACAUUAAUGAUAUCUUUGACAUUCUUAACACAAAGAGUAAGUUUGGCAAGAGAUUUAAGAGUCCUUUAACGCUAGAGAAUUAUGCUGAGUUAAGAGCCCAUCUACUUGACAUCAUUUCGUACUUGAAAAAACUGAAGGAUGUUGAUGGAACAAAACUUGUUGAUGGACCACGAAAGACUUUCAUCCUUGGGUUUGCUGUAUCUGCAAACUCAAUUCUAGCAAUAGCAAAAAAUCUGCUGAGUAGAGAACACAAUAACUUUAAGUAUGUACUUACCUAUCGCUUUUCUCAAGACCAAAUCGAAAUGUUUUUCAGCAAAAUCAGAGGUCGUUUUGGCUGGAAUAACAAUCCGAAUGCACUUCAGUUCAAGUGGGCCCUCCGUGCACUACUUCAAAAGAACCAAAUCGCAGCUUCUGAAAAAGCGAACUGUGCUGUCAUUGAAGAAGAGAAAAUGGAUGAAGAGAUGCACCAUGUUGACCAUAACAUCAUCAUGUCUUUGACCUGUUCAACAAUAUGGAGAGAUGAUGUCCUGGCUUAUAUUGCUGGGUACAUUGUAAAAAAGAUUACAGUCUGUAUUAAGUGUCCAGAAUGUGCAAUUGCUUUGGUAGCAAUUGACAAAAGCCAGGCUGAGGUACCGGUACCUGAUGAUCAUAGCUAUAGAUCAAAUUCCAAGCCAGAAUCACAAAGCUUAAUCACCAUCAAAAGCUAUGGAAAGUUGAUAACACUAUCGCCAUCAGUCGUCAAAGUGGUUAAGGCUACUGACCGGAAUCUGCGUCAACUAGUAGGUGAUUGGACUUCUGUGACGAAAACGGCAGACGUGAAAGCAAGUUGUUUCCAAAACUUACAGCAGCACUCACGUGAAAGCCAUCUCCUCGAUGAACAAUUUCGUGAUGACCAUAUCACCAUCAUCAUCAAGAAGAUAGUUGAUUUGUACAUCAACAUAUUCGUGCAUCGUUUCGGGAAGGUUUACUCAGAUCGAGUUGUCCGUGAAGGAAAUUCAUCCCGGAGGCCAAAGCUGAAUAAACUUAUUCUUUUUGGCAAUGAUUGA